UUUUCCACCAACAACACAAUGUUGUGACGCUUUGUCGUCGCGUCAGUUCUUCGACACAUUGACUCUUCGACAAAACGUGAGAUUCAGACAUUGGUUGGUAUAUAUGUAAGGAUGAAAUAGCUUAAUUAUUCAACACUGUCAUCAUUGACAGUAAAAUGAAAUUUAAAAUGACUGUCAAUGUUGAUUUUUUUUUAAAUAAACACUUUUCAACACUAAACAUCGUUUAUCAACACUGAUCUGUAUGCAGAAAAGCAACCCUGUAAAAAGAGAUACAUACAAUUAAAUAUAUGUACGUUUAUAAAAUGUUGCGCAAAAAAAUGUUUACUGUUAUUCUUGCCACAAACGAGAAGUGUUGCGCGUUAAUUCAGUGAAUUCUAAAUCGAAUUAUUAUAUUUCGUGCGUUGUUUAAGUGAUUUAUGUUGUGUGAUUAAAUCUACAGUUUACUAUAUUAUCAAGAAAAGAUAAGUAAAAAUGAAAAAAACGACAUUUCAAAAUCAUUUAUGUAAAGAAAAAAGGAUUUUCAAAUCCAAAAUAAUAAAAUAUAAAAAUUUAGUGGAAUGUGCGGGGAAGUUAAAUAGUGCGCAGAAUAGUGAACUCAUAAAUACGAUGAAAUAUGUUGCAAAAGAAAAUGACGAAAAUAGUGAUGUUGUGAAUUGCGAAAUUUCAAAUGAAACUUUUAGACAUUUAGCAAUAGAUACUUCAGUUUCCUUAAGAGAUUCUUUGUCCCAAGAUAGCAAGUUAGAAAUUGAGAAGAAAGCAAAUGAGAUUAGGUUGUGGGCUAUUAGAAAUAAUAUCUCUCAAAAUUCUUUAGAAGACUUAUUAAAAACUUUGCGUAAGAUAGGAGUUAAUGAUUUACCCCUUUCUGCAAAACCCCUUUUGAACACAGGCAGGCAAAGAGCUAACAUUAAAACUAUGUCUAAUGGAGAAUUCCUCUAUAUUGGCAUACAAAACUUUUUUCUUUCUAACACCGCAAAUAUUUUUGAGAAUUUAGAAGAAAUAUUAAUUGAUAUAGGUAUUGAUGGUUUAAAACUUUUUAAAAGUUCUAACCGAGUUUUAUGGCCCAUAAUUGGUGCUAUUUCAAACUUACCAAAUGUGACACCAUUUCUGAUUGCUUGCUUUUCUGGUUUUAAAAAACCUGAUAAUAUCAAUUCGUUUAUGGCAGCGUUUUGUUCAGAAGUAAAGCUGUUAAGGAAAAAGGGAAUUCAAGUUGGUCAAAACUGCACUUUAAAAAAAUUUUAUGUUAGCUUAUUUUCAUGUGAUACACCAGCUAGGGUUUUGUUACAAGUGUUAUUCCACAUAAUGGUAAAAAUGGUUGCCCAAAAUGUUGUCAGGAGGGUAUAUACAAAGACAGACGAGUAUGUUUCUCAAAAAAAGUUGGUUCACCUCGGACAGAUUUAACUUAUGCCUUAAGGACUAGUCCAUCUAAUCAUCUCAAUGAAUUUAAAACAAAAAAAAUGUAUUGUGGAAGAAUCGGGGUUCGGAAUGGUGUCACAAUUUCCUUUAGAUUCCAUGCAUUUAGUUGAUCUAGGAGUCACUAAAAAACUUUUAAAGUUACUAUUAAAAAAAGUGAUAUAAAAGGGAUUAAUGAAAAAAUUAACUAUAUCACUCAAUUUAUCCCCUCGGAAUUUGGCCGUAUAGUUAGAAGCUUAGACGAAAUUAAUCAUUGGAAAUCAACUGAGUUUCGGCAAUUUUUAUUAUAAACUGGAAUUUAUCUCCUAAACGAUUGUGUUAAUGGCGAUUCAUACUAUCAUUUUUUACUGUUGCAUCAAGAAGUAUUAAAUGAUUUUGUAAAUUAUUUUGGGACCAUAUAUGGAGAUGAGUUGGUUAGUUUUACUAUCCAUGGUUUGCUCCAUUUGUCUGAGUGUGUAAAACAGUUUGGUCCAUUAGAUUCCUUUUCAGCAUAUAAGUUUGAAAAUUAUAUGCGAUUUCUUAAAAAAAUAGUUAAUAAGCCAAUCAAAAUUUUGCAACAAGUAUUCUUACACCUCAAUGAAAGGCAUAUAUUCAGCGGGGAUUUUAAUAUGGGCUCAGAAGUAAGAUCAUUUGAAAUUAAUCCAAAUAAAGGAAAGGAUUUUUAUUUUUUAGCAAAAAAUUUGGACCAAUGAAAGUAAUAAACAUUAAAACUUCAUCCAAUGCUAAUAAAUAUAUAUGUAACGCUUUUAAGAAGUUAGAAAACUAUUUUGAGACUCCUUUUGAGUCUGCCAAUAGUCUUGGAAUUGUUUUGGCUAGUCAGUUAAGUGCUGACGUUAUUGAAAUUUCAAGAGAAGAUAUUGAUUAUAAAUAUUUUUGCAUUCCUCACGUCGAACAGUUUCUUCUCAUUCCUCUUUUGCAUCAUCUCUUACACGAUUUUUCGCAACAACCCGCACAUUCUGCUUAAAUGAUUUUAAUAACAUAAAUUUAAUAAAAAUUUUAAUUUUACAUGAGCUCUACAAGCAAUAUGUUUGGCGAAUCAAUCUUUGAAAGCCAAGAAGAAAAUGAUCAUCAGAUAUUGAUCCCAAGGAAGUUAUAUAGUAUAAAAGACAACGUAUCAACAACCUCAACCCCUUCACAAGAUAAGGAGAAUGUACCAACUCAAAAAUUAAAUACGACGGCCAUUCUAAGACAAAUUCUGGGAAAGCAGAGAGAAAUAUUGGAUAAGAUACAUACUUUAGAAUCAAAUCAACAGAUAUUAUUCGAUACAUUAGGUUCACUAAAUAAUGGACAAGUGUUGAUAACAGGGCAUCAGAAACAAAUUACGGACAAAUUGGAAACAGUGGAACAAAAAUCGAUAGAUAGAUCGGAAAUGCUAGCACAGAGUUCCCUGAUUAGGGAAUGUAAGGUGCAUUUAAAAAAAAUUGAGCGAUCGGUGUGCCUCAUGACCGGAGAGGAAAAAGACGAGGCUCUCGACCAGGUAGCAAGCCUUUUACCUAUUCAAAACUUUGAGGGAAGAAAUGUUAGAGAAACCUGAGUUCGCACAAUCUAUGACCAGUUAUGUCCACAAACUUAAAGGGACAUCGGACAAUAUUGAAAACUCUUUCAAAUAUAACAUAAAAAAUAAAACAAUGCGUUUUUAUAAGCAGCACUAUGUGCUUCUGUUGAGCUUUAUUACAAAACUGACUACACUUAACUUUAAGGUUUAUAAUCUAACCUAUGCUUG